AUGGGAGCAGCGUCACCACUUGUGGCAACGCCACUUGCCGGCAAGGACAAGACUUUCGGCAAGAGAAUGCCAACACCUUCCUCAGUCGACCGACUUCACAAACCAUUCAAAUGUCCUGGAGUCGCUGGAAGAAGUCCGGCUGUGGACCGACCAUCACGCAAGCGAAGAAAGGUUGACUAUGGUGGUGCCGACGGCGAAGCAGACACAGACAAGCCAUAUUCCAACGAUGACAGACUCGCGCUCGCCACUCGAGACAUCAACAAAUAUCCUGUUUUCGCGGCCAAGGAGAAGGGUCUUGUAUUUCGUAAGGCCUUUUCUGUGCCAUUGAAGAACAAAGAUAUCGCUGCGUACAAUCCCAAUCGCGCUCCUCCUACUCUCGGUCUUCGACAGGGCGCUGUCUUUGUCGCCAAGCCGCUUCACGAUCCUAGCGGCGAGUUUGCCAUUGUACUUUACGAUCCCACAGUCGACGACAAGCCGAAAGAUACACCCAAGGCUAUUGAGCCUGCCAAGACACAGGCUUCCGAGGAGAAACUUGAUGCACCUCUGGUCCACAAAAGUCUUGCUGAGAUCCUCGGCAUCAAGAAGAAAGUGGACGGAGAGCAUCCUCGGGUUCCGGUAGUCAUUGAUCCAAAGCUCGCCAAGAUUCUGCGCCCACAUCAAGUGGAGGGUGUCAAGUUCAUGUACCGGUGUGUCACUGGUUUGAUUGACGAGAAAGCCAAUGGUUGCAUUAUGGCCGACGAGAUGGGUCUGGGAAAGACCCUUCAGUGUAUCUCCCUCAUGUGGACGUUGCUCAAGCAAUCCCCCGAUGCUGGCAAACCAACCAUUCAGAAGGCUAUCGUUGUUUGCCCUGCGAGUUUGGUCAAGAAUUGGGCCAACGAAUUGACUAAAUGGCUUGGUGCUAAUGCUAUCAAUCCAUUUGCUAUCGACGGAAAGGCGUCUAAGGAGGAGCUGACGCGCCAACUCCGACAGUGGGCGAUUGCGAGCGGACGAGCCGUUACUCGGCCAGUCAUCAUCGUCUCUUAUGAAACUCUACGACUGAACGUGGAAGAGCUCAAGCAUACAAAGAUCGGCCUACUAUUUUGCGAUGAGGGACAUCGUCUCAAGAAUAGUGACAGCAAUACCUUCAACGCUCUCAACAGUCUCAAUGUUUCUCGGCGUGUCAUUCUCACAGGUACACCUAUUCAAAACGAUCUCACGGAAUACUUUUCGCUCACAAGUUUCGCGAACCCUGAUUUGUUGGGAACGCGUCUGGAGUUCCGCAAACGGUACGAAAUUCCAAUUCUGCGAGGUCGCGAUGCAGACGCGUCUGAAGCGGAUCGUAAGAAGGGUGAUGAGUGUACUGCAGCUUUGCUAGGUGUAGUGAAUAAAUUUCUGAUUCGCCGCACCAACGACAUUCUUUCCAAGUACUUGCCUGUCAAGUAUGAGCAUGUUGUUUUCUGCAAUCUCGCACCGUUCCAGUUUGACCUUUACAACUACUUCAUCAAGAGUCCCGAGAUUCAGGCUCUUUUGAGAGGUAAAGGAAGUCAGCCCCUCAAGGCUAUCAACAUUCUCAAGAAACUUUGCAACCAUCCUGAUCUGUUGAACAUGGCGGAUGAUCUGCCAGGUUCGGAGAAGUGCUAUCCUGAUGACUAUGUUCCCAAGGAAGCUCGUGGACGUGAUCGCGAGGUCAAGUCUUGGUAUUCUGGCAAAAUGGCGGUCCUGGAUCGUAUGCUUGCCCGUAUCCGACAAGACACAAACGACAAGAUUGUUCUGAUCAGCAAUUACACUUCAACACUGGACCUCUUCGAGCGACUAUGCCGAUCUCGCCAGUACGGAAGUCUCCGUCUGGACGGAACCAUGAAUGUCAACAAGCGUCAGAAGCUCGUCGAUCGGUUCAACGAUCCUGAAGGCGAUGAAUUUGUCUUUCUACUCAGUAGCAAGGCUGGUGGAUGUGGUAUUAAUCUCAUUGGUGCCAAUCGCCUAGUCCUUUUCGAUCCUGACUGGAACCCUGCGGCUGAUCAACAGGCGCUGGCCCGAGUAUGGCGUGAUGGCCAGAAGAAGGACUGUUUUGUGUACCGCUUCAUCGCAACUGGUACCAUCGAGGAGAAGAUCUUCCAAAGACAGUCGCACAAGCAGAGUUUGUCUUCCUGCGUCGUGGACUCGGCGGAAGAUGUGGAACGACAUUUCUCUCUCGACAGUCUACGCGAGCUGUUCCAGUAUCGGGCAGAUACCAAGAGCGACACUCACGAGACGUUCAAGUGUAAGCGAUGCAAGCCUGACGGCAAGCAGUACAUCAAAGCACCGGCUAUGUUGUACGGUGAUACGAGUACAUGGAACCAUUUUGUCAACGAGGGAUUGAAGCCCAUUCAGGACCUACUCCUCAGACAAGAGUGCGGAGAGUCGGAAGUAUCUGCCGUGUUCCAGUACAUCUCCCAUUGA